CAAGGUGUCCCUCGGCCUGAAACAGGAUAUAUCUGCUCAAAGAGUUGGGAAACAGUGGUACGGGAUUAAAACAGGUUCAUUCAUUGACUUGGAGGUGUUUACUGUGUAACCCACGGGGUUGCCAUGGAGACCGCAUGCUCUGGCAAGUCAGCGUGGCUCCGAGCCAAAGAACCGGGGCUCCGGCAGGAACCGGUGGAACGCAGAGGAAUGACACGUCCAGCCACGAGGAGGAAGUGAGUCAAACGUUCGCCUUCGGUUCAACGGACGACACCUUCCUUUGGGGGCAGAUGGUCAGAACGAGGGCUCUCUCUAAUUACACCUAAUUAAUUGCUACUUGACAGUUUGUUCCGGACGCUUGAGGCUUUUUAACCAUAAUGCUGAUUAUUAAAGGUUCAACAGUUCAGUUCAACACAAGACAAAAGUCAACAUAUUCACAGCAUUCAAUAAAACACCAUCAGUGUUGUCUUCCUUUAUUACACUGUGGCCUCUGGAUGAUUUUCAUCAGGACUUUGUGAAUUGGGGCUAAAAUUGGGGAAACCUCGCUGAGUUCCGUGUUUUUGAGCGUCCUCCUCGUCUCCUGCAGGUUGUGCGGUCGUCCCAGCGUUGUCGGGAGCCAGCAGCUCGCGUGUGUGUGCUGACGCUGCGUGGCUCUAUUCCUGGCCCCGCCGUCAGGCCUUCAGGUGAUGACUCAUCCCCCCUCACAGCAGCCGGGCCGAGCCACGCAUCAGUGAGACUUCCUGAAGUCCUCUCGGACCUUUUGCACACGUUUGUGAGGAGUCUCGGUCUCAGUAACGGAUCACGAGAGAUGGAGCUGGUUCGCAGCUCUGAUCUCCGUUUUGCCCCUUCACUCUCUCUUUUCCAACUCCCUCCUCUCAGCGGUCCGUUCAUUGUUCUGGUUCUGGGGUUUGUUUGCCAUCUCUGCUUGGCUGACACCCUGCGUGGGCCCCGGAUCAGAACCCCAGAGUCUCCGGACGGCGCUGGAUGGCGACACGGAGCAGUGGGAACAUUUCAUAACUGAAACCAGAGAUUUCACUCUUUUGUUUAAUAACCCGACGCUGUGGUUCAGCAGCGUUGACUGCAAAACUUUAAAAACAACCUCAAGAGUCAAACUCAAACACACGACCACAUGAAGCUCAAUCUGAAUUUGCACUGAAAGUAGAACUGAGAUAUUCCCUCACCCUUUUUAUAAGAACUGGCCCUUUAACCCCCCCGUCUGCUUUUGCGUUUCACUACCUUGAACGCAUCACGUCCAGAGCGGACGGUGCCUCAUGUGAAACGUUAGCUUCCCAUUAGGCCACGAGAGCGCUCAUCAUUUCAGCCAACGCAAUAAGCUCUUCCUCCGCAGGACGAUUUGUCCAGCAUUAGGCCGUCGUAAUGAAAUAAACACUCUGGUGAAGGAUGGCUUCCAUCGCGCGUGUCCCCUCACAGUCUGAUCCCUACACAACAACAAACGCAUCCGAGCAGAUGAGAUGCCACUUCGAUCACACGGACGCUCCGUCAGACGUCUGGACGUUCGGUCCAUUCAGGGCCCCAUCGCACCAGCACCAGGACAUAAAUAAAAGGCGGAGCGCCGGGUUUGGACGGCACAACGUUCAUGUGAGCGGAUGAAUCAUCCUCAUCUGGUUUCGUCCGUCUCUCUACAUCUUUCCUGACACCUCUAGUGCCUUUGUCGGACCAUGAAGCUCCAUCUUCGUCUUAGAGCAUCUUCGAGCAUCAACAAUGACCAGAGAGUCUGAAAACCACCGUAGAGACUCAUUUUAGUGGUUCUGGAUCUCAAAGCAGGAUAAAUACGGUUUUAUAAACGCAACACUGUUUAAUUAUUUCAAACCAGGUUCCAAAGCAGCUUUCACAGACACAGGAGGUUUUAAUUGUGGUUUAUGUGGGUUCGUGAGGUCCUGUUAGCGCGCUGCUUGCGUACACUGUGUCCGUGUUGAUUAGUUGGAGUGGGCAGGUUUCUGCUUCUACCUGGGCCCGUGGAGGCGUGCACUGCCUCCCUCCUUGUGACGUCACAGCAGCCAGCAGUCUGUCCUCUCACUCGGAGCACGACUGCUGGAUUGAUCUACGGGAAGGAGGAGUUGUCAAAGUUUCCCAGAGAAGGAAAAGGCUCUUCAGCGGGCGAGGGAACGCGCUCGAGAUUUCUACGCGGCGGAACAUGGCGUGUUGCGGCCAUGGAGUGACGCCCUCCCGCCGGGAGCUUCGAAGAACCACGAUGGCGAACCGUUUCGUGAAGUGGAUCAGUCUCACCUUUCUGCUGUGCUCGGGCUCCCGUGUUCUGGCGGAAAAGAGAGUAUGCCAAGGCAUCACCAACGAUCUGAACCUCCUCGACUCCAAAGACACCCACUACCGUCACAUGGUGAAGACCUACAGCAACUGCACGGUGGUGCUGGAGAACCUGGAGAUCACCCACAUGGAGGAGCACCACGACCUGUCCUUCCUCAGGUCUGUGGAGGAGGUGGGCGGAUACGUGCUGAUCGCCCUCAACACCGCUCCCACGAUUCCUCUGGAGAACCUGCGCAUAAUCCGAGGUCACUCGCUCUAUAAGGGGCAGUUUGCCCUCUCGGUGAUUUCCAACCAUAACGAUACUUUGGGUCAAGCCACACGCCAGCUCCUGCUCAACAGUCUGACAGAAAUUCUUAAAGGAGGCGUCAAGUUUGGAAGCAACCGGAUAUGCAACGUGGAGACGAUCCAGUGGCACGACAUUGUCAACAGUGAGAGCAAACCCAUGAUGGAGCUGCCCGUCCCCAGCACCAGCCCUCUCUGUACCAGAUGUGACGCAAGCUGCUUCAAUGGUUCCUGCUGGGCACCUGGACCUCACAACUGCCAGACCUUAACGAAGCUGAACUGUGCGCAGCAGUGCUCCAAGAGAUGCAAGGGCCCCUCGCCCAGCGACUGCUGCAACGAGCACUGCGCCGCGGGCUGCACCGGGCCCCGGGCCACCGACUGCCUGGCCUGUCGGGACUUCCAGGACGACGGCAUGUGUAAGGACUCCUGCCCCGGCCUCAUGCGCUACGACCCCAACCUGCACCAGCUGGUACCGAACCCACACGGGAAGUACAACUUUGGCGCCACGUGUGUGAAGAGCUGCCCACACAACUACGUCGUGACUGAUCACGGAGCGUGCGUGAGGACGUGCAGCGGCAACACCUACGAGGUGGAUGAGGGAGGAAUCAGGAAGUGCUCCAAGUGUAACGGGCUGUGUCCCAAAGCGUGUAAUGGACUGGGAACAGGAGAACUCACCAACACCAAGUCUAUCAGCGCCGCCAACAUUGAGUCCUUUAAGAACUGCACCAAAAUCAACGGGAACAUUGUGAUUAUCCUUACGUCGAUCUACGGGGAUCUAUAUACCAAAACACCAAAGAUGGAUCCUGCCCAGCUCGAUGUGUUUAAGACAGUCAAAGAAAUCACUGGAUACUUGUGGAUUCAAACGUGGCCAAAGAACAUGAGCUCACUCAGUCCCUUCGAGAAUCUGGAGAUCAUUCGUGGAAGAACAACGCGCGGGGGCCGCAGCCUGGUGGUGACUGGGCUCGACAUAGAGUACCUUGGCCUCCGCUCCCUCAAGGAGAUCAGCGACGGGGACGUGGCGCUGCUCGAGAACAAUAAGCUGUGCUACACCAACCAGAGCCACUGGACCAGGUUCUUCAAGUCCAAAAGCCAAAGCGUCAGCAUAGAACGCGCCGACCCCCACUGCGAGCUGAAGAACAGGACAUGUGACAGGAGGUGCACGGCGGACGGCUGCUGGGGCCCCGGGCCCGACAUGUGCUUCGCCUGCCGCGACUACAGUCGAGACGGGAGCUGUGUCGACUCCUGCAACAUCCUGGAGGGCGAUCCACGGGAGGCGGCGAUGAACCGGACCUGCGUGGAGUGUCACCCCGAGUGCCGGCGCAUGAACACCACGGUGACCUGCAGCGCAUCGGGCUCUGGAAACUGUACCAAAUGUGCCAACUUCCAGGACGGCCUGUUCUGCGUGCCUCGCUGUCCGCAGGGCGUCCCGGGGGAGGACGACGCGCUGGUGUGGAAGUACCCGGACCCGAGCAGGGUGUGCCGGCUGUGCCACAGGAACUGCACUCAGGGGUGCAUCGGACCUGGACUUGAAGGCUGUGCCAAUAAGUACUCGUCUGGGAAUCCCAUGGUCGCGGCCGGAGUUGCUGGUGGGAUGCUGGCGGCAUUCGUAUCCAGCGUGAUCGUCGUCGUGCUGCUGCGCCGACGCUCCAUCAAGCGGAAGAGGACCAUGCGCAGACUGCUCCAAGAGAAGGAGCUGGUGGAGCCCCUCACCCCGAGUGGAGAAGCGCCCAACCAGGCUCUGCUGCGCAUCUUAAAGGAGCCUGAAUUGAAGAAAAUCAAAGUGCUGGGAUCCGGGGCUUUUGGAACGGUUUAUAAGGGCCUGUGGGUUCCAGAGGGAGAGGAUGUGAAGAUCCCAGUGGCCAUCAAGGUGUUAAGGGAGGCCACGUUACCCAAAGCCAACAAGGAAAUACUGGACGAGGCCUACGCCAUGGCCAGCGUGGAGCACCCCCACGUGUGCCGCCUGCUCGGCAUCUGCCUCACCUCCACGGUGCAGCUCGUCACCCAGCUGAUGCCGUACGGCUGCCUGCUGGACUACGUCAAGGAGAACAAGGACCGCAUCGGCUCCCAGCACCUGCUCAACUGGUGUGUGCAGAUAGCCAAGGGCAUGAACUACCUGGAGGAGCGCCACUUGGUGCACCGGGACCUGGCAGCCAGAAACGUCCUGGUGAAGACGCCUCACCACGUGAAGAUCACAGACUUCGGCCUGGCCAAACUCCUGGACGCGGACGAGAAGGAGUUUCACGCAGACGGAGGAAAGGUGCCAAUAAAAUGGAUGGCUCUGGAGUCGAUCCUGAACCGGACCUACACGCACCAGAGCGACGUGUGGAGCUACGGUGUGACCGUCUGGGAGCUGAUGACGUUCGGAACCAAACCCUACAACGACAUCCCGGCCAGUGAGAUCGCCGGGGUCCUGGAGAAAGGGGACCGGCUGCCGCAGCCUCCCAUCUGCACCAUCGACGUCUACAUGAUCAUGGUGAAAUGUUGGAUGAUCGACGCCAACUCCCGGCCGCAUUUUCGGGAGCUCAUAGCGGAAUUCUCCAAGAUGGCGCGGGACCCGUCUCGUUACCUGGUCAUUCAGGGCGACGAGCGCAUGCACCUGCCCAGUCCCUCCGACUCCAAGUUCUACCGCAGCCUGAUCAGCGGCGAGGAGAUGGAGGACGCUGUGGACGCAGACGAGUACCUGGUGCCGCAGCGCGGCUUCUUCAGCAGCCCCAGCACCUCCCAGACGCCGCUGCUGCACUCCACGAGCCUCAACAGCAGCAUUGGAACCUGCCACAGCAGAACCGGCUUAUUAAACGGCUUCCCGAGCAGAGAUGGAGGCUCGGUUCUUCGCUAUAUUCCUGACCCAACGGACAAACCUUUGAGCGACGCCUUCCAGCCGGCUCCAGACUACAUGAACCAGAACGGAGCGUCCGACAUGGUGAACCCCAUCUACCAGCACCCGGGUCCACCUCCCACCCUCCUCCCCGCCGCGUCCACCGCCGACCCGGAGACGGAGUACCUGAACUGCUUCAAGAACGGGCUGGACGGACCCGAGUACCUGAACGAGGUCCCGUCCGCCGCCGUCCUCCCCCUCGGCUUCAACGGCGCGGUGCACAGCGUCCAGAAGUAUGAGCCGCAGCACAGCAUCGACAACCCCGACUACCAGCAGGACUUCACCCCCACCUUCAAGACCCACACCAACGGACACGUCCCGGCAGCGGAGAACGCAGAGUACCUGGGCCCAGACUGAGGGCCGGGGGCGGGACUGACUCUGAACACAGACGCAGGUGGCGCUUUGUGCAGCUUUUUGUUUCCUCGCGCGCUGUCACAGGCCCGUCUCAUUGCAAAGAUUUCUCAUUCCACCCAAAACGACAAGCAACUCGCACGCUGCGACGUCCGAGAGUCGCAGGAUCGGGGCCGCCCUGUCCUCGCCUCGUGACCCCUGUGAGAAAGCCUCUCCAGGCAGAACCUUGUGCCGUUUCCUAUGUGAAAGCUUCCAAACGCUGGACACAGAGGGUCCAGAUGUGUGGAGGAGCAGGAGCGGAACAUGGCAGCUCAACCCAAAACCCGACUAAAGGUACACGUGCUGUACGCGUAGACACAUCAAUAAACAGUAUCGAUGCCUGCAUUUAAAGGGUUGGCACCAACGCGUCUCUUGAUGUUGAACCCGGUUCUCACCUGUUGGGGCCUGACGACACUCUGCCUGAGGGCGGAGUCAUUACAGACGCCAGAUAUACAGAAUGUAUAGUCCGAUUAAUGGGGAUUACUGGUGAAUUGUAUCACUUUCUGCUUUAGGCCUAUAAACACUGUACGCUGCUGUCCGCCCAAACACGAGGACAGAGUCCCGAGCCCUUCGAUGUGUGAUAUCAGCCAGUUAUGUGGAGAAUGUGAUGAUAAACUCAGCAAAUGUGACUGCGGUCGCGUUCGCUCUGCUGGGUCUCGUAGCUUAGAAUCUCUUAACAUGAAUCAUGCUUAACAGUCCGAGCGUUAUCUUCCCACGGGUGGGUUAUUUUUUUUAAUGCCCCUGAUUUUUUUUUUUUUUGUUUAAGUUGCACAGCAGCUCGUUGAGCUGUCGGCAAACAACUCUUUCCAUUCCCAGAGUUUAGAGUUUAGUUGGUUUGAACUGUUUUAGGUCAUGUGAUUAGGUUUGUUUUUCAAUGUAAGUAGCAUUCCCUGUAAAUGAGAUGAUAUUUAAAUGUUUUUGUUUUACACCAGGAGCUCAGAUUGUUCAUUCUGAUGCAUCUCUCUUAUGUCCCUUAGUUUCACACAUGAUUCUAUCUGCUCUUAGCUUUAAAAUCCUGAGCAUCAAAUUUGCUAUUAUUUUUCCUAGUUUUAAAGGAAUAUUCUACUGUAGCAAACUAUAAACCUACUUUUGCAGAUUUUACACAGGUACAUGUACAUAAACAGUGAUUAUGUUGUGAUAUACCCCACUGUAGAAAUAGUUGCCAAUAAUUUAUCAGUACAAGGUUUUGUCACAUUAUACAUGAAUAUAUGCACUAAUACCCGAAAUGUAAUUAUUCCCCUCAAAAGUGAAUAUAAAUAAAUCAUUUUUCUAUGGAAA